AUAUUUACUGUAUAUAUACACAUUUAUUUCACCGAGGAGGAAGCUCCUGUCUGUCAGAUACUGGGGAGUCCAGAGAUCCCCCUGUUGUCUAAACGGGGAGAUGUGACAAUCGGGGGAGCCUUUUCUAUCCACAGCAAAAUUGCACAACCUCCACUUUCUUUUACAGUGAAACCAACACGCCUCACAUGCUCCAGUGUCAACCUCAGGGAGUUUCGAUUUGCCCAGACCAUGAUUUUUGCAAUUGAAGAAAUAAACAAAAGUGACGUCCUUCUUCCCAAUGUUUCUAUCGGAUACCGUAUUUAUGACAACUGUGGCUCAACGCUAUCCUCGAUGCGAGCGGUGAUGGCCCUGAUGAACGGCGACGAGUUGACGACAGGAAAGAGCUGCUCCGGUCAGUCAGCCGUUCAUGCUAUUAUCGGGGAGUCUGAGUCUUCGUCAACCAUCGUGCUGUCACGCACUACAGGACCAUUCAAAAUACCAGUGAUAAGUCAUUCAGCUACUUGUGAGUGUUUGAGCAACAGGAAGGAGUAUCCCUCUUUCUUUCGAACCAUUGCCAGUGACCUUUACCAGAGCCGAGCCCUCGCCCAGCUGGUCAAGCACUUUGGCUGGACGUGGGUCGGGGCAGUCAACAGCGACAGCGACUAUGGUAACAACGGCAUGGCCAUCUUCCUGGCCGCAGCCCAAGAGGAGGGCGUCUGUGUUGAGUAUUCUGAGAAAUUUCAUAGGGAAGAACCGGAGAAACUGAUGAAAGUGGUCGAAGUGAUCCGUAAGAGCACUGCCCGGGUCAUCGUGGCCUUCCUGGCCCACGUAGAGAUGAACAACCUGCUGGAGCAGCUGAGUCUCCACAACAUCACGGGCCGUCAGUUCAUUGGUGUGGAGGCCUGGAUCACUGCCGACAGCCUUGUGACUCCGACCAGCUUUACUGUCCUGGGAGGUUCACUGGGCUUCGCUGUGCAGAAAGCCAACAUCAGUGGCCUGGAUGAGUUUUUAACCAAAGAUUUCUGGCAGGGAGAGUUUAAGUGCAAGGAGGGACAUAACAACAGCAUUACAGGAGCUGCACCUUGCAAAGAAAACCACAAUCUUACAGAGCUGAAAUAUUAUAAUGAUGAUGUGACGGAGCUGAGAUACUCCGGUAACAUCUACAAAGCCAUCUAUGCUGUGGCCUAUUCUCUGCACAGCAUGUUGAAGUGCUCACAAAGUCAGGGGUGUGACAGGACGGUGAAGGUUACACCCUGGCAGGCGGUGGAGUCUCUUAAGCAAGUGAACUUCACGACUAAGAAUGGGGAGCAGGUGUGGUUUGACAGCACCGGAGCAGCUGUGGCCCUGUAUGAGGUGGUAAACUGGCAGCGUGGAUCAGACGGGUCGGUCCACUUCAAACCUGUUGGUUACUAUGAUGCCUCCCUGCCGCCGGGAAAGAAGUUCGUCCUCAAGAAUGACGCCAUAAUGUGGCCUGGAGGAAACACAGAGCUGCCGGUGUCAGUGUGCAGUGAGAGCUGUCGUCCAGGAACUCGUAAAGUCCUUCAGAAAGGAAAACCCGUCUGCUGCUACGACUGUAUUCCAUGUGCAGAGGGAGAAAUCAGCAACACCACAGAUUCUAAUGGAUGCAAAAAGUGUCCUGAGGAGUACUGGUCCAAUCAAAACAGAGAUGCUUGUGUUCUGAAAAAUGUUGAGUUCCUCUCCUUCACUGAGGUUAUGAGUAAAACACUUGUGUUUUUCACUGUGUUUGGUGUAGUUCUCACUUUAAUUGUGGCAACGCUAUUCCUGAUCAAUAAGGACACUCCCUUGGUGAAGGCCAACAACUCGGAGCUGAGCUUCCUGCUGCUCUUCUCCCUGACUCUGUGCUUCCUGUGCUCCCUCACCUUCAUCGGCCGGCCCUCUGAGUGGUCCUGCAUGCUGCGACACACUGCUUUCGGCAUCACCUUCGUCCUCUGCAUCUCUUGUAUUCUGGGGAAAACUAUAGUUGUGUUAAUGGCCUUCAGGGCGACACUUCCAGGCAGAAAUAUGAUGAAAUGGUUCGGUCCUGCACAGCAGAGAAUCAGCGUUCUGAUGUUCACUCUGAUACAGAUUUUAAUUUGCAUUCUUUGGCUGACGAUUAAUCCUCCAUAUCCCUUCAAAAAUGUAAGCCACUAUAAGGAGAAGAUCAUUCUUGAGUGUGCCCUUGGAUCACCGAUAGGCUUCUGGGCUGUGUUAGGAUACAUCGGAGUCCUUGCUGUCCUUUGUUUUGUACUUGCUUUUUUGGGUAGAAAGUUACCUAAUAAUUUCAACGAAGCUAAAUUGAUCACCUUCAGCAUGUUGAUAUUCUGCGCAGUCUGGAUCACAUUUAUUCCAGCUUACGUCAGCACUCCUGGGAAGUUAACUGUGGCUGUGGAGAUAUUUGCUAUUUUGGCCUCAAGUUAUGGAAUUCUCUUUUGUAUAUUUGCACCUAAAUGCUUUAUUAUUGUUCUAAAACCGGAAUUGAACACAAAGAAACAUCUGAUGGGAAAAACAUGA